AUGUUCAAGUUGUUCGGGUCGAAGCAAACUGCCUCGAAGGCGGUGGCUCCUCCCAAGAAUGAAGAGACCAACGCCAAUGCUUCCCCUGGCGACGAUGGUGCCACGGACCUCGACUCUGCCAGUGAGCUUGAAACGAUGGACUUCGAAGUGAACGUUGAUAAUGUGGACAUUCACAUCGACGUCGAGCAAGGCGUGUAUGCGUCCGAGUGGAAUGGCAGCGGUGGUUGCUCGCAUACAGAUGUGGUGUCAUCGCCUGACUUCAUUCCUCCCCGUUUUGUCUACGGGUGCUCAAAAAACGCCCCAGAGCGAUGGGCCGAAACGAAGGCGUGGCGCGUGUCCCACGGGAUCGAUAACAUCCUGAGUCUUCCUCGGCCCCAAUUCCACUUGAUCAAGCAACACUGGCAGCAUUUCUACUGCGGCCGCACACCCAGUGACAACCGACUCGUCGUGUACGAGCAUGUCGGUGGCCUCAAGCAAGCACUGCACGACUUGGACGCCAAGCACAACAUUUCGUUCCAGGACGUGAUGACGCACUACCUGUACCUGACCGAGUACCAGUGGAGCAUCCUCGACACGCACGAGUACAACGUUGAUGACACAACGUCAGGCCAGAUGAUCAAGGUUCUCGACUUCCAGGGCAUCCAGCUCGCCGACGUCAGCAACACCAACUUGCGCACGUUUGUCACGUGGACGUUGCGCACCAUCGGCCAGCACUACCCCGAACGGUGUGGCGUCGUCUACUUGAUCAACACCCCCAAGUGGUUCAAUGCGUUUUGGAACGUCGUCCAGCGACUCGUGAGCGAAGUGACACGCCACAAGAUUCGAAUCUGCCCCACGGCCAAGGAAUAUGCCCCGAAACUCAGGGCGUGGAUGGGCGGGUCCAAGUUUCUCCCUGCUUGCAUCGGCGGCCCCGUCGUUGUGAACGGCACGACCGACUUGUGUGCCGACGAAGCCAAGCUCCACUCGUUUGUCGAGGACCACACCCCCAUGCCGGCGACAUGCUGCGUUGAAACGUCUUUUCAUCGACGUGUAUGAGAGGGCAUGCUCGUCCUGAAUCGCCCGACGUGCGCAGAGAGGAGGCUCAGCACGAGGAUCAUGCCAAUGUGCAGAGCUAGACGGGCCGUCGCAAGUCCUCCAGCUUGCGGUGGUGGAACGGAGUUUGGAUUCACCACGCGAAGAUUGCGUGGCGUCACCUUGUUCAGGUCAAGGUGAGAUGGCCGCGUAAAAAAAAGGUCGACCAUAACUCUGGGAUGGAAUUGCGAG